AUGGGUCAACGAUCCAGUACAACCGCCAACACAAACGAUCAACGAUCAAGCUCGCUUGCGACGCAAGCCGAGCUAACGCUGUUAGCAACAGCACAUGCACAAGUCAUCACCUCAUCCACGACCUACAACGCAAGGCUGCUCGUCGACUCCGGAUCGGAGCUCAGUUUCGUUUCUGAAGAUCUCGUCGAACAGCUAGGACUUCAACGCACUCAAUCUUCAAUCUCCAUCACUGGCAUUGGUGGCAAGAAAUCAACACAAACUCGAGGUAUUGUAUCACUACAUUUACAAUCUCUUUACAAUACCUCAUCGAUCUCAAUACAAACUCAUGUGUUGCGCACUCUAACCACAAUUUUGCCGUCUUCUGAGGCACCCCACCAAGACUGGCCACAUCUCAAUCGUCUCAAGUUGGCAGAUCCUGAGUUUUACAAACCACGACCCAUCGACGUCAUCAUCGGUGCCGACAAUUAUGGACGAAUUAUAAAAUCAAAUGUAAUUAAAGGUUCGCCAUCAAUGCCAGUCGCCCAGCUCUCAAUAUUCGGAUGGCUCGUUAUUGGACCAGCAAGGAGGCGUCAAGCUCGUGCUUAUUCAUCAUUUAAUGCAUCAAUCUCUCAAGACAGCGACGCUGCUCUGAGAGAACUGCUGACGAAAUUCUGGAUUCAAGAGGAGCUUCCAACGGAAAACACAUCUCAACUCACACCGGACGAACAAGAGUGUGAAGAUCACUUUCGUGCAACGCACAGCCGUGAUUCUACUGGGCGAUACGUGGUGCGUAUUCCUCUCAAAACAAAUACUAAAGUCUUGGGUACCUCUUACAGCACAGCUCGCUCCUGCCUGCGACGCACGCUCAGCAAGCUCACUCGAAAUCCUGAGUACCGUGAGCAAUAUCAGCGAUUCAUGAUGGAGUACGAGGAACUCGGUCACAUGAAGAAGGCUUCCUCAAUCUCGCCCAACGACUCUUCAAUUUACUAUCUUCCACAUCACGGAGUUUUCAAGCCUGGCAGUGAAACAACAAAGCUGCGGGUCGUCUUCAAUGGCUCAAGUCCAACAACAACUGGACUUUCUGUCAACGACAUCAUGCACACUGGUGCGAAUCUCCUGCUCAACAUCAACGACGUUUUGCUGUGGAUUCGCCAUCACAAAUGCAUAUUCGCCACGGACAUCACAAAGAUGUAUCGUCAAGUACGAGUACAUGAAGACGAUUGGAAUCUCCAACGGAUACUCUGGAUAGAUGAGGAAUCAAAUGAAGUCCCAUACACACUGACAACAGUCACCUACGGUACCAAAGCUGCACCAUUUCUAGCUGUCAGAGCCCUGUUGCAACUUGCAGAGGACGAAGGUCAACGCUACCCACUGGCAGUACCAUCAAUCAAAUAUGCAAGGUAUGUCGACGACAUAUUUGGUGGUGCAGAUUCUCUUGAUUCGUUAAUUGAAAUUGCUUCACAAUUAACUGACUUGUGCAACGCGGGCGGUUUCCCUCUUGCAAAGUGGCACUCAAACGAAGCCUCUCUGCUUGAAACCAUCGUGCCUUGCAAUAAUUCUCAAGGUACAUCAAUCUCACUAGACGACUGCAACACCAAAAUACUCGGAUUGCGAUGGAACACUGUCAACGAUAGUUUCACAUUCACUACUAAAUCUCACCACAAUCUCAAUUUUACAAAACGCCUUGUAUUAUCUGAAGUAGCACAGAUAUUUGAUCCGCUUGGCUUUUUGUCACCAGUCAUUAUUCGAGCGAAGGUACUCCUGCAAGAAUUAUGGCUUCUCAAUCUCAAAUGGGAUGAUCCACUGCCAUCCCAUGUUACUAUACGAUGGAUUGCGAUCAGAGAAGAUCUCACAAGUCUGGCCAGACUCUCAAUACCAAGGUGGUUCAACACCUACAACAAUUCUACAGUGGAAUUACACGGCUUCUCUGACGCUUCACAACUCGCCAUGGCAGCAGUAAUUUACAUUACUGUUUUUUCGCCGUCCACAGAUCUCAAGGUGACGUCACUGGUGUGCUCCAAGACAAAGGUCGCACCUCUCAAAAAACUUACAAUUCCCCGACUCGAGCUCACAGCUGCGCUGAUACUUGCAAAAUUACUGAAAUACGUUCAAGCUAAUCUCAAACUCAACAUUGCUACAAUUCACCUGUGGACGGAUUCUCAAGUAACACUUACAUGGAUCAAAUCUCACGCAUCACGAUGGAAAGAUUACGUCAGGAAUCGUGUAACACAAAUUCAAGAACUAACGCAAACUGCAACUUGGAUGCACGUUCCUGGCACAUCAAAUCCUGCUGAUUGCGCUUCAAGAGGAUUGACUACAACUCAGCUUGAACAACACGGGCUAUGGUGGAGGGGACCACCGUGGCUUUUACAAUCUCAAGAAUCAUGGCCUGUACAACGCAACGCAUCUGACGACACUUGCCUGCAGGAGUGUCGCCCAGGAAUCUCUCACAUGUUAACGUGCCAAAAAAUCGAUUAUCACUGGGACUUGAUUCACAAAUAUUCAUCUUUGCAAAAACUUUUUCAUGUUACCUCAGUUUGUUACAGGUUCAUCUCCAAACUGAGAAGGACAACUGCUUCAACGAGGCUCUCGAACACACCAGCUGAUUUGGAAAGGGCCAAAAUCUUCUAG